AUGGGUUAUGUUACAGAUUCUUAUUGGGAUCUCCAUAAAUGGUCUGUAGAAAAUUACGCCAGUUUGUGGGAAGAAAUAUGGAAUUUCUUCGGCGUUGUGGUAUCCAAACCUUAUGACAAGGUUGUAGUUAAAACUGGUGAUGGAUUUCUGGAUUACGAUUGGUUCAGUGGCGCAGAGUUCAAUUUUGCUGAAAAUCUCAUGCGGAUAAGAGAUAACAGAAUUGCAUUGAUAUGUGUCGAUGAGAUUGGUUCUGAAGAAACUAUAACUUAUGCUCAAAUGUUCGAAGAGGCUAAGCUAUACACUGCAGCUUUCAGAAAACUUGGCUUGCAGAAAGGAGACACACUUGCUUGUUACAUGUCUAACAGAAAAGAAGCGAUUUUUGCCAUGCUGGCAGCAACGAGCAUUGGAGCUAUCUGGGGUGGACCCCAGCCUUACUUUGGAGGACGAGUUGCAUCAAAUAUCAUUGCAAAAAUGGAAGCAAAGUAUCUAAUCACAGUGGAUCAUCAUCAAGAUAAUGGAAACAUUUACAAUAUCAUAGAAAACUUACCAGUUAUAGUGGACAAUUGUCCAAGUUUAGAGAAGAUAAUCAUUAUUCCUUCCAAAGAAGAAACAGUAGCCAAUGGUAUUUCACAUAUCAGAAAUAGUAUUUUUCUGGAUGAAUUUUUGGAAAGUGGUCGAAAUCCAGAUGGUAGCGUUCCAGACAUUCUAUUCGAACAACUGCCCUUUGGCCAUCCCGCCUUUUUAACAUUUACUUCUGGUACCACUGGCGUUCCGAAAGGAGUAGUGCAUUCAGCGGGAACAUUACUACCGCAUUUUGAAAACAUCGGUUUCGAUUACAACUUGAAGAGUGGUGACGCCCUUUUUCAUUGGUGUCCGGUUGGUUGGACACUUUGGGAUUCCUUCAUUCCAUGCCUGGCAUUAGGUAUAAAGUUAGUUUUAUACUGUGGCAGCCCAUUUUGGGUAAGAGAUGGGAUCAACGUAUGGGAUUUGAUUGCCAAAUACAAAGUGAAUUACAGUGCACUUAUACCAAGUAUGCUGGAUAGAUUAGAAAAACUUCAAAUUUUACCAAGCCCAGGUUCUAAUUUAGAAUGCCUGAAGGUAGUGCUUGUGGGAGGAAGUCCGGUCAAACUUCAGAAUCUCAAGUUCGUCCAGAGAGUAGCUGGAGAGGAUACAUUCGUCGGCAUUGUAUAUGGAGCCACCGAGACAUUCGGAUGUUUCAGCGGGGCCGACAUGAAUUUACCUGUUUACGCUGGAGAAAUCCAAGUUCCUGCGCUUGGGAUGGAUAUUCGUGUUGUUGAUGAUAAUGGUCAGUCUAUAAUUGGUGAGAAGGGCGAAAUAAUAUUUACAGUACCAUGUCCAAGCUUUCCUAUUUAUUUGUGGAAGGACGUCAAUAAUACCCUUAUAAAGGAAACAUAUCUCUCUAAAUAUCCAGGUGCCUGGUGUCAGCAUGAUGAAGGUUGGAUAAAUCCCGAAACGAAGGGACUGCUCGUGAUUGGAAGAAGUGAUGACAUUCUGAUACAAAAUGGAGACCGUUUCGCCCCUACAGACGUUUAUUUUGCCACUGGUGGUAGAUCCAUAAUUCCACAAAAUGUUCUGGAUUCUGUCAACCCUUUUCCAAUACACUUCAUUGCUAAAGUAAAUCUUCUGUUUAAAUCAGAAACAUUUUGUUUUUCACCUACAAGUUUAGAAUUUCUUAUAGAUGUUAUUACUCCACAAGAGCAGCAUGAAAUAUUUAUUUUUAUGGUUAAACCGUAUAAUACUUCAGAA